AUGAAGGUCCAGGAGGUGAUCCUUCUUAUCCACGUUCUAGCGUUCAGCACGAGCCACUGGGUCUGUGUUCAGUCAGCCCCGAUAGUCAUCACCCGAACGACACUCCGAAAUUGCAUUUCCGGCUUCGUGGCCGGCGAGGUCACUUCCUGCUGUCCCCCAGACAUCAACUUGAAUGGACCGAUCGUGGACUUCAUUCCCAGACGCGAUCGCAUCAGAAACCCGCGCCUUCGCGUCAGGAAAGCUUUGCAAUGCUUGAGUGGCCAUGAGCUUGAGACGUACACCCAGAAGCUGCAAAGAGGGUACAAACUGAUGAGAGCUCUGCCUCAGGACGAUCCACGGUCAUUGUUUCAGCAGAAUGAAAUUCACUGCGCUUACGGCAGCGGUGCUUUCAUGCAAGACGGCAUUCCGGGCAAUCUGACCGUGGACAUUCAUUCCAACUGGCACUUUUUGCCUUGGCAUCGGAUGUUCGUAUACUUUCACGAGAAGAUUUUGCAGAAGCUGCUAAAUGAUCAUAAAUUCAGUCUUCACUUCUGGAAUUUUGACAACGGAGUGAAUGCCAACGAGACCGACUCGUAUGGAGAACACAGGCACGGACCCAGAGGAUGCUUCAAAGCUGGCCAUUUUUUCCCACCUCUUUACAACGACAAUUCGAGCUCCACUUUCCAUGUCAAUCGGUCCAUCAGGCCCUUCAUUCCCAACCUGCCCGUGGAUUUAUCGCUUCGCAAUCGGAACGAGCCACCUCUGCGCUUUGCAGAUGUCGCCGUUCCACGAAACCGAGAAGUGAUGCAAAGAGCCAUGGCGGCUGGUACAAUCCCCAGGGACUUUUUCGGAAUCGAUAUAAAGGUCGGAACUACUCGCAGCAUUCCCCUUUCAGACGGAGGGUCUCUCGAGUUUUUGCCGCACAACAGCGUGCACCGGUGGAUCGCAGGGUCCUCCUCGUCGUCCGCCACCGCCACGAAAGAUCCCGUCUUCUACACCUUCCAUGCCAACGUCGAUCGAUUGUGGCAUGUUUGGGAGAAGCUUGGAAUGAACCGAACGGCCCCAGCCGAUCCAGAUUGGUUGGGGGCGCAGUUUCUGUUCUGGGAUGAGAACAAAGUUCUGAGAAGGAUCAAAAUCGGUGAUUGCUUGAACAUCGAAGACUUCGGGUACACCUACGAACCGGUGAAUGAUGCCAACUGGAUGGAUUCGGCCAACUCCCCCGACACCAGCCCACCGUAG